GCUUCACCAAAACAAAACAAUUGAACUUCCACUCCCUCAAUUUCUAUUUGUGCCUUUUUCUCUUCUUUUCGAAGCUCGCCUGCUGUUGUUUUGCUUCUUUGGUGGUUCUCACUGACGAACCAGCUACAUACUUCUUCGGACGAGGUAUUCCUUCCGCCUGAUCUUCGUGUCGGUGGUUGCUUGUCUAAACAAACCGUCUAUUUGUUCGCCUGAUCAGUACACACACCAGUCAAGAUGUCUUGGGACGGGUAUCUCAGCCAACACAUUGUUGGAUCCGGUCUUGUUGACCAAGCUAUACUUAUUGACCAAAGCGGCCAAUCCGUUUGGGGCAAGGCAUCCGAUGUAGAGCUCACCCCGGAAGAGAUGAACAAAAUCGCCUUCGCAUUCAACGACCCGACCGCUGCACAGGAAAGUGGAAUUACUGUUGGAGGAAAGAAGUACUUCUUCGGUUGGAUCGAUGAACCGGCUGAUAAGAUCCCCGUUCUCUUCUGUGCUAUGGGCAAGGAAGGUAUUAUUGCUGCCAAGUGCACCAGCUCUAUUCUCGUUUCGCAUUUCCCCGACACAGUACCUGCCAACAGGGCUGUCACUUUGAUCACACAGCAAGCCAAAUAUUUGAUCGAUAACAACCUUUAAAUGCCACCAUUUCUAGCUGUGGAGGAGGAUAUGAUUCAUUUGUAUGACAGAAAAGAUUGAGAACUUUUUUGUUUGUUCGGAAGAUGCGUGAAGUUAUGGUGUUAUGUUUCCACGGCCGAAAUACCAGUGUUGUCAUGUCUGGAUUUCGAUCCUGUUUCUCCUUAUCUACCACCAUAGUUUGUCUGGAUAUAAGAAGAAUAACACAAUGUGCCCGAUAGACAGAAUGAAGUCAGUGAAUAACUGUCUGAUGCCGCAAUAUUCCAUUGCUUUCGGGCUUAGCUAGUUUGAAGCUCUUUAUGAAAUUAGCCUUGCGUUUCA